UUGAGUGGACCUGUGUCAAUUUAUUUUAAUAUUUCCGGAUAGACACUUAAAGUAAACUAAACCCUAAUUACCCGUGAGUGUAGUCCAAAGUUCGUUGAAGUGCAUAGUGUUGGUAUGUGAUAGCAGUGGAUCGCGGAGGCCGUAUCUUUAUACGGGUGUGAAAGAGACGACUACUGUUUCGUUGACAUACUACGAAAGUGUUGGUUUUCACCUUCAUUAUUUAAUAAAAUAAUAUUUGUGUGAAACAUAUGGCGAUGAAUGAAUUAAAUGCUUCACAUGCUUCACCUGCCGGCCUUGCUGAUUCAACCCCAGAUUUAACAUCUUUGAGGGAUGAAUCGGCGUCGGUUUCGCAUAGAAAAAGGAAGCAACCGGACUGCGACUUGACGCAACAAUUCCAAGAUUUUCGUCAUGAACUCAAUGAAUCUUUUAAGAACUACUUCGCCGAUUUGCGGAAAGAUCUAUGCGGCAUAAGAACAGAAAUCAGUGAUCUUAAAUCAACAACUGAGCAACUUUUACGCGAACAAAGCGUGCUUAAGGCAGAAGUAAACGACAUCAAAACCUCCAAUCAUGCCACAACAAAUAAAAUAAACACAUUGGAAAAGGAUCUCUGCGAAGCGAAAAAUACAAUUACCUCAUUAUCGUCGGAUCUACUUAUCAAGGAACAGCAAUGUCGUAUCAACAACCUUGAAAUUUCAGGCAUACCGUUCUCAAAGGGUGAAAAUCUAGACGUAAUAAUACGUAGUAUAGCUACCAAGGUUGGCCUCACUUUGACCCCGACUGAUAUAGAUCAUAUUCAUCGUGUGCAACGCUUUAUGCCCAAAAACACCACAGCAAAUGGGUUUACAAUGCCCCCAAAUGUAAUAGUGAAAUUCACCCAAAGACGACGUAAAAAUGAAAUUAUUGCGGCGGUGCGCGCGCGGCGCGGCCUGACAACAACAGAUUUGGGCAUGGACGGUGCAUCGAAACCUGUUUUCGUUAACGAUCACUUAGCUCCUCAUAAUAAAUUGUUAUACAAAUCAGUUCGUGAACUCGGCAGGGAACGUAAUUAUAAAUAUAUCUGGCUCAAUGAUUGUAAAAUUUUCAUGAGAAAAAACGACAACUCCAAAUCAAUCCAUAUAUCGUCUGAAAAUGAUCUCAAAAAAAUUGUAUGACUACUCUUCUGCGCGUUAAUGAUUGUCAGAUUAUUAUCACACUUAAUUAUAUAUUACGCGUAUGUUGAAAACUGGAUUCGCAGUUAUCUAAUCGAAAUAAUCAUAAUAAUAUAUAAAACUUUGGGAAUGUUUUGCAUCUUAUCGAGAUUCGUGUUUAAAUCUACCUAUUUUGUAAUAAAUUAUUGCACGCAUGUCAGAUUUAUAAGGAAAUUGCUUAAUGUAAACAACGAUACAGUUAUAAUAAUAAUAGAUCACACAUAUUUUAUACUUUGCGCGGGAGUGAAACAAAUAGGUAUAUUUAUUUUAGUGUAUCAAAAUUGCUUUAAGUCUUGAUCAUAUUUCUAUUUACUAUCAAAACGUGAGGGGCUUGCGCACAAAGUCACAUGACUUUCUAUGUAACUUAAUUAACAACGAUUACGACAUACUGUGUAUUACUGAGACAUGGCUUAAUGACUCCUUUUACAGCUCUGAAUACUUCGACAACCGCUACGUAGUGUUUAGGUGUGAUCGUGAUGCCGGGGCUAGUGGGUGCCGUCGGGGUGGCGGUGUGGCUGUUGCGGUGCGCCGCGAGCUAUGCGCGUCUGAGCGAGCCGAGUGGCGUGCGCCGCCGCCGGCGGACGAGCUGUGGGUCAGUUUGCCGCUUGCGGCGGCCCCGCCGCGCGCCGGCUUCGACUCGCGCCACUCGCUCGCGCCUACGCAUCUACAUAUCGUAUGCACGUACAUUCCGCACGGUGAAAACUACGACCGGCAACUUAGCUCAUUUUUAUCUAGGGCUGAACAUAUACUAUAUACGCAUCCUAACGAUUUAUUUCUUAUACUAGGUGAUUUUAACAUUUCGAACGCAAUUUGGUUUCGUGAUGAAGAUAAUGACUCAAUUGACAUAAACACUAACAAUGAUUACCACAGCUCUCUAUUAGGUGACUUUAUGAGUUUAUCCUUAUUGUCUCAAUAUAACUUAUCCUUCAAUGCUUAUGAUAAACUAUUAGACUUAGUGUUAUGUAAUAAAUUCUGUAAUGUGUCGACAUGCGAGUCACCUCUAGUUUCUGAGGAUCCUCACCAUAAAGCUCUGGAUAUAGACUUAUCCUUGUGUUUGCCAACUUCGCUCAUAAACAACAAAAUCAGUAAAAAAUUGUUUUUUAAAGCCGACUUUGAAGCUAUACGUUCCAGCCUGUCGACCGUUGAUUGGUUAAACGUUUUUUCGUCUAUGUCACUGGUCGAAGACAUGACUACCUAUUUUUAUAAUACUCUCAACGAACUUAUAGAGAAACAUGUUCCGUGUAGACUUAUAUCAAAUAAUAGUAAUAAGCUCCCCCCCUGGUUCACAAAGUCCCUUGUUAAAUUAAAAAAAGAAAAACAAAAAAUGCAUAAAAAAUGGAAAAUAUACGGUAAUAGAGAAGAUUAUUUGACCUACGCCACUUUAAGAAAAAGAUUUAAAAAAAAUGGAACGUGAUUGCUACACCAAUUACAUUAAUUUUAGUGAAGAAAAAAUAAAUAAGCACCCU